CCUCUUCAACCUUCUGCUUUCUGGAGGGGCACCUUCAACCAACUCCGCGGUGCACUGGCAGCGGCUUCUUAGUUGUAAAGAUUAAGAGGAAAUAACACUUGAACACAGACACAAUGUCCUUUCUCUCAGUCAGCAGGCUAGCGCCCAAACUCCUCAAUUCAAAGAAUGCCGCCUCUUUCCUUGUGGCAGCCAGACAUGCCAGCGCAUCAACAACAAAUCUGAAGGAUGUUCUGGCAGACCUCAUCCCCAAAGAACAGACAAGGAUCAAGAACUUUAAACAACAGUAUGGCAAAACCAACAUAGGACAGGUUACUGUUGAUAUGGUCUACGGAGGAAUGAGGGGCAUGAAGGGUUUGGUGUAUGAGACCUCUGUGUUGGAUCCAGAGGAGGGCAUCCGUUUCCGUGGCUACAGCAUCCCAGAGUGUCAGCAGCUGCUGCCCAAAGCUCCAGGAGGCGAGGAGCCGCUGCCCGAGGGUCUCUUCUGGCUGCUGGUCACAGGACAGGUUCCUACUGAGGAGCAGGUGAACUGGGUGUCCAAAGAGUGGGCCAAGAGAGCAGCACUUCCCUCUCAUGUCGUCACCAUGCUGGAUAACUUCCCCACAAACCUCCACCCCAUGUCUCAGUUCAGUGCUGCUAUCACAGCUCUGAACAGCGAGAGCAGCUUUGCACGAGCUUACUCUGAGGGUGUUCACAAGACCAAGUACUGGGAGUUUGUCUAUGAAGACUCCAUGGACUUGAUCGCCAAGCUGCCCUGCAUUGCAGCUAAGAUCUACCGCAACCUGUACCGUGAAGGCAGCAGCAUCGGGGCCAUCGACUCUAACCUGGACUGGUCCCAUAACUUCACUAACAUGCUGGGCUACAGCAACAACCAGUUCACUGAACUGAUGAGGCUCUAUCUCACCAUCCACAGUGACCAUGAAGGAGGCAAUGUCAGUGCCCACACCAGCCACUUGGUGGGCAGUGCCCUGUCCGACCCCUACCUGUCCUUCAGCGCUGCCAUGAAUGGUCUGGCUGGUCCUCUGCACGGUCUGGCCAAUCAGGAGGUGCUGGUGUGGCUCACUGCCCUGCAGAAGGAGAUGGGUGGAGAGGUCUCUGAUGAGAGGAUGAGGGAUUACAUCUGGAACACACUCAAGUCUGGAAGGGUUGUGCCAGGUUAUGGCCACGCUGUCCUGAGGAAGACUGACCCACGUUACACAUGCCAGCGUGAGUUCGCACUGAAGCACCUGCCCAACGACCCCAUGUUCAAGUUGGUCGCCCAGCUUUACAAGAUUGUACCCAACGUGCUCCUGGAGCAGGGCAAGGCCAAGAACCCCUGGCCCAACGUGGAUGCACACAGUGGAGUUCUGCUGCAGUACUAUGGAAUGACUGAGAUGAACUACUACACGGUGCUGUUCGGCGUGUCCCGAGCUCUCGGCGUGCUGGCUCAGCUGGUGUGGAGUAGAGCUCUGGGCUUCCCCUUGGAGCGCCCCAAGUCCAUGAGCACAGAUGGACUGAUGACACUGGUGGGAGCUAAGUCAGGUUGAAGAAGCACCUGAAAGGAGUUUGGGGGUUAGUGUGAAAGGUGGGAGGAGGUGGAAAUAUCAAAAAAGGCAGACAAAAGUUGACCCCCUGUCAUUUCCAACCCCAGGGAUACAAUGGGAUUCAAAGAGACAGUACGCUUUUAAUGUCAUUUCACUAAAGAAGGGCCUUUUAAAACCAUCACAUCAUUAGUGUUUUAAAUGUGUUUAGUCAACAGCUAUUAAGUUUUCACGUCAAAUCUUCUUGAGAGGUGAAAACUUCAAACACACGUUCAUGUAACCCACAGUAGGCUCAACGUAUGUACCAUUAGACGUCUGCUAGCAUCGCUAAGAUUUUCCCCUGUGCAGUGCCUGCCUCUUUAUCAGCACUGGAUCUGAACUAUGAGUAGGCAGAGGCUUUUAAAGGGAAUUAUGGGAGUGAAUAAAUCUUCCCCAUUAUUGUUAAAAGAUCUGAAAGUUGACCCUUUUCCUGCUUUUGGCUCACACAGAAUUUUUUUUAGGAUAUCCCAAAGCAAAAAAACUUUUUCCAAUUGAAAUGUUAGUUUGUUAUUUUCAAGGUUCCCAGAUCCCACCAGUCUAUCCAUGCGUCUCACUCCCAUGUAUGAACACUCCAGUUUAGGAAAAAUGGUCCUCAUGCUCAAAAUUAACACCCUGUUCAAGAUAUGUUCACAAACAUGAAAAUCAGUUAAAAGAUACUGCCCCUUUAAAUCUUUGUUCUCCCCUUUUUCUCCCACUUUUAGCGUGUUUUUUUUCUUAAUGAUGGCCUGUAUAACCUCUAUGAUCAAAAUAACUGUCUUGUCUUACUAAUUAUUUCUGCUCUGCUCUUUUUCUUUAACAUGCCCUCUUAUUUUUCAUGUUUCUCUCUGCUCUAAAGGGUCUUCUGAAUGGUAGAGAAUCAGUAAUAAUGUACAGUAACAGUAAUACUGAAGAUUUGAGCAAAGGGUGUUGUAAUUGGCAGCCUGUAAUAAAUCCUUAAGAGCAAGCUUGAAUAAAAGUGGGAUAUAUUUGGGGCUUUUUAUGAGCUUAAGUCCUGUCUUAUAUGAGUGUGUGUUUGUUAAUCCCCACAAGAGAGCGCUUUUAACAUCAACUACUCCAAAAUGAGCACUUGCUUGAUUGGAUUUCCUAAUUUGUAGCAGUAGAAAGAAACCCUCCCAGGUUGAUUGUGUCCCCUUUUACAGAGUUUUUUUGUGUUGAAUAUGUAUAAAACGAUAAUCUUUGGGUUCUCAUUUUGUGGUUUUAUUUAUACUUUGUGUACAUAGGUAUAUAUAUGUAUAGCUUGAAUGUAUGAGCUCUGUGCGAUCAUUUGCUUGUAAUAACCACAAUGAUUACCAGUUUACCAACAUUGCAGUAGUGUCCGGUCUCACCAGUCGCUGCGAAACUCAAAGAACAAAAGAAAAACCUGCAGCUAUCUUGUAUAUACACGAUUUCUUGCCUAGCUCUGUGGGCCUAGCCGGUGCUUUUUUUUCAGGUGUUUCACUUGAAUGUUUCAAGCUUGCUCUUAAGCCCUGGGUUUGUCAACACUCCAUUUUUGUGUAGUUAAAGCUCUUGCAUCUUUUUUCAAACCUCUCUUGCCGUGUUCAUCAGUAGUUCAAUCAGGCGUUCAAAUCUCUCCGCUCUGCUACCAUCUUCCUUUUGGCUGUAUCAGGAGUGUGUGUGUUAGUGUGUUUGCUGUAGUGUUCUUCCAUGUGGCGGGGUGUUUAAAAAAAAAAACAAAAGAUGUGGUUAUUUUGAUCGUAGAGGAGCAUAAAGGUUGUACAUGGUAACUGGGAGAAUUCAGUGCAGACGGCUUCAUCAGAGAAACACUUUUGGGGGACGGGGCUGGAUGGGUCAAAAGGGCAAGAAAAGCUGGAAGAGCAAAUAUUGGAAAACCUUAACAAAAAAUGGAAAAUAAAGGUUUUUAUUAACA